AGACUUACAGGGGCUCAGCAAGGAGAUGGCGUGAGUCGGGGAAGCAACUUUGCGUGUCAAGCAUCCAUAUGUGUAAUCCUAAGAAGAAAAAAGCUAGCCAGACACAUCUGCAUAAUAUUCAUUCAAGAAGAGUAAAUGGGAAAUGUGGAAGAAAACUGAAGGAGGGAUAAGGAGGAGAAGAAAAAAUAUAGUACUUAAACAGGUGCACUGAAACCUCCAUAACUAUCCAUAAGUAAAAGGAGCACUGAGACUCGGGUAUCAACGCACUCUUCUGCCUCAGGGGUAUCUUAACAACUUUAGACCCCAACUUUAUGCGUUGCAGAAUCUCUUCCUGGCUACAUGGAUACCUUCUGCUGGAAGCUCCUUCUCCCUCCCUUCCUCCUUAACUUGUGGGCACCAACUCAGCAUCUUCAGCACACCUCUGCAUCCAGCCACAGGUCUCCAGACACAGAGAUAAUGGAGGAGUAUGUGCCAUUGGUGCACGAGAGCCUGACCUUUUCUCUAUGGGAUUAUGGCGUCUUUGCUACAAUGUUAAUAAUGUCAACAGGUAUUGGACUUUUCUACGCUUUCUCCCAUGGAGGGCAAAAGACCUCAGAUGACUUUUUUACAGGGGGAAGGAGUAUGUCAGCAGUACCAGUAGGCCUGUCCCUCUCUGCCAGCUUUAUGUCUGCUGUGCAGGUCUUGGGGGUGCCAGCUGAGGCCUAUCGAUAUGGUGUCAAGUUUCUGCAAAUGUGCAUAGGACAGAUUCUCAACAGCGUAAUGACAGCCUACAUAUUCAUGCCAAUUUUCUACAGACUGGGGAUCACCAGCACUUAUCAGUAUCUUGAGAUGAGAUUCAGCAGAAGUGUCCGGCUUUACGGGACCAUUCAAUUUCUCUUGGGGACAAUGUUUUACACAGGCAUUGUGAUCUAUGCUCCAGCACUGAUUCUUAACCAAGUCACUGGGUUGGACAUCUGGGCUUCUUUAUUCUCAACUGGAGCAAUCUGCACAUUCUAUACAACUGUGGGUGGUAUGAAAGCUGUAAUCUGGACAGAUGUGUUCCAGGUGUUUGUGAUGCUCUCUGGAUUCUUUGCAGUCGCUAUUCGUGGUAUACAUCUAGUUGGAGGAUUUUCUGAUGCCAUAGAAGUUGCAGGAAACUAUUCCAGGAUUAACUUUGGAGACUUUGAUCCUGAUCCUCGAAGGCGUUACACUUUCUGGACCUUUGUCAUGGGGAGCACUUUCCUAUGGCUGUCCAUGUAUGGAGUCAACCAAGCCCAGGUUCAACGAUAUGUAGCAUGCAAAACUGAAAAUGAAGCUAAGCUAGCCAUACUGGUGAAUCAAGUAGCCCUCUGCGUCAUUGUGUCAAGUGCGGUCACCUGCGGCAUUGUGAUGUUCGUUUAUUACCUGAACUGUGACCCCCUCUUGGCUGGAUACGUUUCUGCACCCGAUCAGUACAUGCCAUACUUUGUGCUAGAAAUCUUUGAUCAGUAUCCUGGGAUCCCAGGGCUUUUUCUUGCUUGUGCAUACAGCGGAACAUUAAGCACAGCAUCUACUAGCAUCAAUGCCAUGGCUGCAGUAACAGUCGAGGAUCUUAUAAGACCAAAAUAUCCCAACAUUUCAACAAAGAAACUAACAUUAAUUUCCAAAGGACUUUCUCUGGCAUAUGGAUGCUCCUGCAUAACAGUAGCAGCCUUAUCAUCUCUACUUGGUGGUGGAGUGCUUCAGGGCUCAUUUACAGUUAUGGGAGUGAUCAGUGGACCUCUGCUUGGAGCAUUUAUGCUGGGCAUGUUUUUUGCUUCUUGUAACACCAUUGGAGUGUUUGCAGGACUUUUGGUGGGCUUAGUGAUAUCCCUCUGGGUAGCAGUUGGAGGUACAAUUUACCCUCCUAGUGCAGAGAUGAUGGGUGUCCUACCAACAUUUGCAGAGCACUGCCCUUUGUAUAACUCCAGUAAAGGAAUAAUCUAUGGCCCAGCACCUGUCCAAAACAUCACACAUACAUUGGAAAGGCCUGCUCUAGCUGAUGAUUUAUACGCCUUAUCCUAUCUUUAUUAUGGAGUCGUGGGCACAAUUAGCACAGUUAUCAUUGGAGUGAUAGUCAGCAAAUUUACAGGUCCUACUAAAAGGGAGACAAUUGCACCAGGCCUUAUGGUGGGACCUAUCUAACAGUGCUGCUUUCCAGCCAAUGGAGAAGAAAGAUGAACUAGAGAAAACAGAAGCCGAGGAGACUCUCUUAAAAAAGGACAACACCUUUCACUGCACUACCUUCCUUCCAAACCACCUACCGCAUUCUGAGACCAGCACCUAUCUUCUCAGCGAGGAGUACACCCCAGGAAAUGAUUCGUACUGUAAUGGAGAAAAAACAUAUCCCAUUAAAACAAUCCAUGACUAUGAGGACAAAGAAUCUCGUGUUUAGGCUAUAUCUUCUUUGGGUAAAAUGAAACACUGCCCUAGUCUUGGUGACUAGACCCAAUAUACCAAAACAGCAUAUCUAUGUUUAGUUACUGCCAGCACCAGUACUGUAUUUAAAGAGCCUUUUUAAACCAAGUUCACAUGUAACACAUUUGUUACAAAGGUUGUAUUUUCAGUAUUUUGUUGAUUUAUGUAUCAGCACUUGUCAGGAUUGUGUUGUUUUUCCAAUGUCUUUUUCAAGGUGGGAGACAAAGAUGCUUUUGAGGAGUUAGAUAUAAUCAAUAGUCUAUGCUGUUAACAGCAAGAAGGGGAAUGAAAGAAUAACAAAAAUAAUUAACACAAUAUUAAUUUUAUAAAGCCAGUAUCAUAAUAUCUGUGAUUCCUUCAAUCAUUAUUUAAACAUAUUAACGUGAGCUUAAACAAGGCUAUCUGGCUAUUAGUAAUUCUAAAGAUCUUACUAAAAAAAA